AUGCCCCUCCCCCAAUUACUUGUUGGCAAGGUGGCCGCCAUCACCGGCGGUCUCACCGGUAUUGGACGAGCAAUUGCGCUCGAGUACAUCCGCCACGGCGCCAAGGUCGCAAUCAGCCACCUGGGCGGACCAAAGGAAGAGGACCUGCUAGAAGCGAUGAAGAAAGAUGUGAACGAGAUCGAAGACGGCGCAGACAAGACUCGAUUCAUCACAGUCUCAGGUGAUAUCUCUCAGCCCGAGACAGGAAAGAAAUUUGUUGCACAGACUGUCGAGGCAUUUGGACGACUAGACGUGUUUGUGAGCAAUGCCGGAGUUUGCCAAUUUGCUGAAUUUCUCGAGUACGAUAACCCUCCCUCAGCACGCAACAUGUUGUUUGUUCGCGACUCAGCCCAAAGGUCUUGUGCUAAUGAUAAGAAUCUCAGACUUGAGCCUUCCCUCCUUAACCACACCAUCUCGACUAACCUAUCCGGUGCCUUUUAUGCCACACAAGCCGCUGCUCGACAGAUGGCAUUGGUUCAAUCUCCGCCCGGUGGCUCAAUUAUUGGUAUUAGUUCGAUCUCUGCACUCGUGGGUGGUGGUGAACAGACACACUACACCCCCACCAAGGCGGGUGUUUUGAGUUUGAUGCAGUCGUGCGCCGUGGCAUUGGGCAAAUAUGGCAUCCGCUGCAAUGCUCUGCUCCCCGGAACCAUUCGUACGCAGCUGAAUGAUGCGGAUAUGGCCGAUCCUGUCAAGAAGAAGUAUAUGGAAGGCCGCAUCCCAUUGGGCAGACUGGGUCAGCCCCCGGACUUGGCUGGGCCAGCGGUCUUCUUGGCUUGUGAUGAACUGAGCAGCUAUGUGACUGGUGCACAGCUUUUGGUUGAUGGAGGUCUUUUUGUUAAUUUACAGUAG